AGUAAGCGGUCUGCAGCAGAUGCAGCCAAGAAGCAGGAGAUGCGACUGAUGGGCAGGAAGCUGAAGAAAAACCUCCAAAACGCUAGGAGGGAACGGGAAAGUAUGGAUGGUGUAUUUAUUCCAUCUGUCAGACCAACGAGUGGUCUGCCUCUCCCCCCUUAUUAGAUUUGGCCUUCCUCUCAAUACUCUACGAGUACCUAUUCUGCAACAUAGUAAUUGCUGUGGGUUAUCAUGUAUGAAUAUACGUUUUCACUUUCAGGGGGGAAUUAAAAAAGGGUAGCCCUGACGGUGAUGGUCUGGCUAGAUGGAAGAGACGCCAUUCAUGGACAGGCAGAGUCGCCGACUCCGAGUGGCUGUCCAUGGACAACGGGUAGCAUGGGAAACACUACAGGGACACCUCAACUUAAGAACAAGGGUUUUUGGAAGUGACGAUGACCGGUGUAAUCUAGUACAUGCAGUAUGUAGAAGAUCUUCCACGGUAUAUUACGCCUCUGCCGGAGCGGUGUUGCCACCUCGUCUGUCAACGACGCCGAGGCACCUAUACGCAUAGUUGAAUUAUAAUACAUUAAUACGCAUUUUUGAAUCUUCAUCUAUGAGUAAUUUUUUAUCAAGCAGCAGGAUAAAAGUAAGUCAUCUAGUUAUUAGAGGCUCUAACAAACCUGGCGAUCGCGGAGGAGGAGAAGGUCAUGCAGGAGAUCGAGCGCUUCAUUGCUGUCUCGAACAAGGAGCAUGCGGCGACCAUAGUCUAAUGAGGUGGAAAACUGCCAAGCUUUGACUUGGUAGGGAUUGAAAAAGUAUCUUGUUAGGAGAACUAGAAGAUGAAGUGACAGGAAUAGGAAAAUGAAGAAACAGGACGGUACUUAGAAGAGGAAAAUAGGUUCAAGUUUUCAAUGCAUUGCAAAGACAAGCCUAAGCUUACACAGAGAAUAGGAAGAGGAAUGCAAAAUGAAUCGCUAUUCAAGUAGAUUGCUAGUUGCAUAGAGGACGCUAGAUCCAUUGCUUAAUAAGACUUUCGAUGUACUAGAUAAACAUAAUUCUGAUAGGGUCGAAAUGAACAUCUGUAACUCACCGGCUGUCCUGUGCAUGCAUGUCAUGUAUAGUUCUUUCAUGGAAAAUGUCUCUGCAACUAGUCACACUGAGCAACUUCUUCUACUUCUACAGCCAUUUGUUACACAUUGUUAGUACUAAGUACCUUCAUCUCCUACGGCCAUUUGUUACACAUUGUUAGUACUACCUAAAGUAAGCUGCAAGAAUUCACUUCGUCAUAUUCUAAAUCACUCCAAGAGUGUAUCGAUUUUCAAAACGCAAUUCAAAAUGAAUCCGUAAGAUGCGUAUCAAAGUUUUGACCAAACUCAAUUCUAUAGAAUAGAACAACCAAGAUCAAGUGGUUUAUGUUUCCUGCUGCUCACUUCGAAGCACCUGCAAGAAGG